GCUGUUGAUUCCAGAAGGAUGUUUGCUCAACAGUCCCAAGUUCAGAACUGGGAUAAAUAUUUUGCACACUUUGAUUAGGAUAUGCAACUUAUUAUCAUGAUCUGUGUGGAGUUUGCACUGGUUUUAGUUCUAAGAAAGUUUUUCCUAAUCAAAGUCGGAUCUUGUGGAUCAUGUGUUUCACCUAAGGCAUGAAAUUAAUUAGUCAUGGAUAUAAAUAAAUAAGAAUAAGAGUUCUCAGUGAUUCAUCAUGGGUUAAAAAUGUUCACCUAGUGAAGUGCACAGAGACCAAACUACAAAAUAAUCACUCUGUUGUUUUUUUUUUUUCCAGUGGAACAAUUUUUUUCUCCAAAGACAACAAUCACAAUGCAACUCGUAUUAAAAUGUAACAUUUCCCCCCUCCAAAAUCAUCCAUCACCAGAGAACAAUUGCCUUCCUAACGUGUCAAAACCACAAAUCCUCCUUUCUUCUGUGGGCGUGAGAGGAACUUUUCCUAUUGGCCCUGAAACACCCGACUGUAGCUCCGAGGGGAGGAGGGUCCACUCUGAAUGGGUACUAAAGGAGCAAUCAAAGCACCUGGAUGAAGGCAGGAAGUGUCUCCACGUCUGACGUUAGAUCUGUUUUUGAGUGCAUCACCGUCCUUGAAGAUCUUUCAAGCUUCAAGUGAAGUUUUUUAAACUUAUUUUACUCGUAGCAGAAUUGACUGGAUUUUAGAAAAGGCAGCUUGAGGAGGUGAGACAGAAUCAAGGGCUUCUGCUUCACCUGCAAAGUUUUGAAUAGAUUCAUUGCAUUGCAUUUUUCAACUUUUUUUCCUCCUUGGUUUAAAUCUGCUGGGACUUAAAAGGGUGCCUGAAGAAAGUUUGGAGAGCAUCAAGGAUUUUCACUCCAUAUUUAAAUCACUUUCAUUUAUUUUUCCUUGCCUUACCAAAAAGAAAAACAGAAUAUCUGGAAUUAAUACAAGUGAACCACAUCGAGGCCUCUAGACGUUUUAUUUUCCACAUUCUGACCAUGAUGGCCAAUGCUGAACUUUUGACUUGGUCGGAAGCGCACGUGCCAAAGCGGCCGCAAGACAUCCCCCAGUCCGAGCACGCGACGCUGACCCGCAGUGACCCGCGGGGCUGGAUGAGUGCGCACGUGCGUGCCCCCGCCGCGGCCCGUCCCAGUCAGUACGCGCGCGCCUCGCCUGACGUCACUCCGGACACCUCGCCAGACCCUGUCGCCGCCGUUGCCCCUAAAGAGCACUCUUUGGGCGCCGCGCACAGGCACCGGCGCGUCGCGGCGAACGCGCGCGAGCGGCGGCGCAUGCACGGCCUGAACCGCGCGUUCGACCGCCUGCGCAGCGUCAUCCCGUCACUGGAGAACGACAAGAAGCUGUCCAAGUACGACACACUGCAGAUGGCACAGAUCUACAUCGCCGAGCUUUCCGAACUACUCGAGGGCGUGGCGGCGCGUGGCACCGCGGACGCAUCACGCGCGCGUCGGUGCUUCCAGACGCCUUGCGCCGGUUACACCGUGGACGCGGCUACGACGACUACACCGUCCACGGCCCCGGUGACCGAGGGACACGUGCUGAUCCUGUCCGCGCCUUCGGCUCACUUUGAUCCCGCAAAAAUGGAGCUCGCGGCGGCCAACGGCAGCGACGGAGAGUCUUCUCACUGCAGUGACGCCGAGGACGGACAUCCGGGAACUCAGUGAGCGCCUGAUAGACCGUUGACAAAAACUGCGUAUUCAAGUGCAAAUGACUGUGCCGUGAUACUUAGAUACCACGAUACCGAUAUUUUCUUCUAUGACACUAAAGCUCAGCUGGGAAGCCCCAGGCUGGGUGAAGAGAGAGCGCCUGAAUGGUCGGAAGUAUCUAAUGCACACCUGUUUAAAACUUAAAACAUGUAAUAGCAUACUUUUCUGUCCAAUGCCACACGGUUAUAACUAACAAUUAUCCCAUCAAAUAUAUCUUCCCAAGCAUUCUAGCUAACUUGGCUAAUUCUAAUUUGGUGUUUUAAAGCGAAGUGUCUAGUUAGCUCAUUUACGUAUCUAAAUAACAACAAACACCAGAGUCAGUAUGGUUACAUCUAAUAGACGUGAUCACGUUUGCAUCUAUAUACUUUGUGCGUUCUUUCAAACUUCCAAAGUGGAGACUUCUGUCCAGUCUGAGGCUUUGUCCAUCCGAGGGUUUAAUCAGCAGGGCUGUACCUGGACUGUGAGAUACCUAGCUUUGCCAACCUUAAACUUACAGGAGCAUUUGUUCACAGAUUUCACAUCACAUCAUUAAAACAGGGUGUUAUGAGUAAUUACCCUGUAAACACUUUUUCCCUUUCACUUUUUUUCCUUGUCUUCUGUCCAAACAACCACAUCGACUGUUUUUUUUUCUUUUCUUCUGUGACCCUCAAGUGUUUAAGCCUUUAUGACGGAGGUUAACCUUAAUAUCACUUUUCUUUUCGAGGUCACUUUUCCUAACUAUUUAACAUAAAUUUCAUCACAUUUCUGGUUAUUUUUAAUGAUUCUUUCUCACUUAUUUCAUUCUUUGGUUUCUAGGAGAAAAGGCAGGAUUAGCCUACAGUAGCCCAUUUAAAUAAAGAGUCUGUGUACAGAGCGUCUUUAAACAAAAAGACACAGGGAAGCCUACAGAAAUAUUUUUUUAGCAAUAGAGUCAGCCUAUUUAUUCUACUAAUAUUAGUGUAUUUAUGACUUUCUGAACUGUACAAUUGGAGACCAAAACAAAAUGACGCAGUUUGUUUGUUUAGGUAUUUUAUAUAUUUCUUGGUCAAAUUAUCUUAAAGAUCUUCUCUGAUAUACCAGUAUUGUAAAGGCCAAUAACACGGCAAUAAUCUUCUACAAACAACGUAUGAUUGCGGCCCUAAAAAUAAACCUGCAAUUGUGUGUGGGCUCAUAAAACUAUUAUCUUUGUCUGUGUUUUAGUAGACAUUAAAGGGAACCAAAUAGAUGCAGUAGACGUUAAAGUAGCCUGUUGGGGGGUGGGUAAUGAAUAUGACCCCAGGAUGACCGACGGAAUAGUAAUUUUUACUGUAAAAACUUUGCUUUUUUUGGAUUUCUGCACUUUAUUGCCUGAGCAUUGUGAUUUACAUCCACACAUAACACAGAUGCCAAU